AAUUUGAAUUCCCGCGACCCUGGAAGGCUGAAACUCCGGUGCUGAUCCGAGCCCACUUUUGAAUAUCCAAAAGCCGCCGAAGAAAAUCACCCUCUUGACCCCUCAACGGUCCGUCCCUCUCUGAAAAAAAUUGAAACAGAUUUGAUUUUCUCAGAGCUGUUCAAGAAAAUGUGCUCGUUUGUUUCUCGAGAAUCCGAUUCCAGCGACAAACAAUUUUACUCCCGCAAAGAAAAAUCGCUGGGACUCUUGUGCUCCAAUUUCUUGAGGUUAUACAACAGUGAUGGCGUUCAAUCAAUUGGGCUCGACGAUGCUGCUACCCGAUUAGGAGUGGAGCGCCGCCGGAUAUAUGAUGUGGUCAAUAUAUUGGAGAGCGUAGGAGUUGUAGCUAGAAAACAAAAGAACCAAUACUCGUGGAGGGGAUUUGAAGCAAUUCCUCUGGCCUUGAAGGAUCUUAAGGAAGAAGAUUUGGGAGAGAAUUUUGGACCUUCAGGUUGCUGUAACUCUUCACAGGGUUCAAGCGACAAUGAAAAUGAAGGUGCUUCCAGUGCAAAAAAUGAAGGGCAGAAGAAUUCUUCAGCGGUCUUUAAAACUGACAGCAAAAGAGAAAAAUCAUUGUGGCUUCUCUCUCAAAACUUUGUGAAGCUUUUCCUUCGUUCAGAUGUGGACAUGAUUACACUUGACAAUGCUGCAAGGGCAUUACUUGGUGAUGGCUAUGGUUCAACAGCUAUGAGAACAAAAGUUAGGCGACUAUAUGACAUUACUAAUGUUUUUGCUUCCAUGAAUCUAAUUGAGAAGACCCAUCAUCCGGACAGCAGGAAACCAGCAAUUAGGUGGUUGGGAUGGAGAGGAAAAGCCAGUUGUGGCUCUGGGAGUGCUUUGAAUCUGAAGGAGACACAAAAGAGGGAAUUUGGGACUGAGAUUACAAACUCCAACUUAAAGAGAAGGAAGGAGGAUUCUUUAAUGGCUUGGAGAUUAAGUUUGGUGGAGAAUACUCCAAGGCAUAUUAGAGAGUAUGAUAGUGAGAACAAGCAUAUCAAGAUAAAGUCAGAGCCGCAAUCAAAACAUGGCCCAAAGGAUUUUGUGUUUGGCCCAUUUAGUCCAGUCAGUAGGCCUGGAGAAGGUAAAUCUGGAGAAAAAAUUGUGAGACGCGUUCAGGACUGGGAGACCUUGGCUUCUACCCACUCUCCUCGGUAUUGCAAUCAAGCUAUGAGUAAACUUUUUGGCCAUUAUAUGGAGGCAUGGAAAUCAUGGCACAUUGAAAUUGCUGGAAAAGAACAGAUAAAGACAGAUCCUGAUAAAUGACCAACAGACCAAGUGAUCUUGUUCAACCAAUGUAAACGUCUUCUUCCCUGUUUUCUUUCUGACUUAUACAGAUGUAUUGUAUGGAAUUUUUGUUGGAUGCAUUUCCUUGAUGCUACCACCUAGAGAGCCAUUAACCUCCUUGCAUUCAUAAAUUGAUACAUCAUACUAGUGAUGGAUUUUCUCCUUGGUUUAAAAUUUGAAUCUCCUCUUUUCAACGGAGUCA